UUCACACUCCCCUCCCCCGGGUUUCCCUUUCCCAAUGAGAUCCAGGGGGUUGGGGGAGGAGCGGGGAAAGGAGCAAACCUUGCCCCGGAGCUGCCCCUGCUGCUGGCCCUCUGGACUGUGAGUGCCCAGCCUUGGCAUCUGCCCCAGCUCCCCGCGGCAGCAGCCUGCUCCUCUCCGGCUGCUGCUCCCCUGCCCCCGGCGCUCUCCUCGUUGGCUCUGCACGGUGCAAUGUAGGGGGUUGUCGUUAUUUUUUCAUUUAUUUUGCACAGAAGAUGGCUUAAUUGUUUGUAUUAAACCCCCAACCUGCCCAGCCUUCUGCCAGCUGGGCCAGCGCUGAGUGCCUGGGACUGCUCCGGGGGCGAUGAGCCCUGCUCUGAAGAAGCCUCCUAGAGGGAUGUGACGGGGCCACGCAACGGACUAGAUCCAAGCCCUGAAGCCUGCAACACCAACAACCCUCCUGCCCCCUCCCCCCAACCGUCCCUGCCCCCUCACCCCCCUGAAGUCCUCGGAUCGGAGCCUGCGCUGAGCUCCGGAGAGCUUGGCUGGGUGGCAAGUCCGGAGCCCGACGAGAGACGGGGCGGCCGUGCUAGAUGCAUGGGGGAGGGCUCCGGUUAAUGCAAGUGCUGGGCUCCUGCAGGGACCCCGACAAUUGUCAGCUGCAGCCGCAACUCGGGGCCUCCUCCUCCGCGAUGCUUUUCCACAGCCUGUCCGGCUCAGAGAUGCACGGGGUCAUCGAUGAGAUGGACCGGAGAGCCAAGAGCGAAGCGCCAGCCAUCAGCUCGGCUAUAGACAGGGGAGAGACCGAAACGGAGAAGCAGGUCAGGAUGGCAGGGGCUGGACUCCUCGGAGCCCCCUUUUCCCUGGUCUCUCUAUUAAGCCCCCUGGAGUGGAAGAGGAGAAGCCCAGCCCUGAUGCAGACCAUGCCUUCCAUCAGCAGUGACCGGGCUGCCCUGUGCGCCGGCUGCGGGGGAAAGAUCUCCGACCGUUAUUACCUCCUGGCAGUGGAUAAACAGUGGCACAUGCGCUGCCUGAAGUGCUGUGAAUGUAAACUCAACCUGGAGUCCGAGCUCACAUGCUUCAGUAAGGACGGCAGCAUCUACUGCAAGGAGGAUUAUUACAGGAGGUUUUCGGUGCAGCGAUGUGCGAGGUGUCACUUGGGGAUCUCCGCCUCCGAAAUGGUCAUGAGGGCCAGGGAUUUGGUAUAUCACUUAAACUGCUUUACUUGCACCACCUGCAACAAGAUGCUGACCACCGGCGACCACUUUGGCAUGAAGGACAAUCUGGUGUACUGCCGCCUCCACUUCGAGACUCUCAUCCAGGGGGAGUACCAGGUGCAUUUCAAUCACUCGGAUGUAGCCGCUGGGAAGGGCCCAGCCCUGGGAGCGGGCUCUGCCAAUACUUUGGGACUGCCUUAUUACAACGGCGUGGGGACUGUCCAGAAGGGGCGACCCAGGAAAAGGAAGAGCCCAGGGCCUGGGGCAGAUUUGGCAGCUUACAAUGCAGCUUUAAGUUGCAAUGAGAACGAUGGUGACCACCUGGAUAGAGACCAGCAAUACCCCAGUAAUCAAAAAACAAAGCGCAUGAGGACAUCAUUCAAACACCACCAGUUGCGGACAAUGAAGUCUUAUUUUGCUAUUAACCACAAUCCUGAUGCCAAGGACUUGAAACAGCUAGCUCAGAAAACUGGCCUAACCAAAAGAGUUCUUCAGGUUUGGUUUCAAAACGCCCGAGCCAAAUUCAGACGGAACCUCUUACGUCAAGAAAACACAGGGGUGGAUAAGACUUCAGAUUCCACACUCCAAGCAGGAACUCCAUCAGGACCCGCCUCAGAAAUAUCCAACGCCUCCAUGAGUCCAUCCAGCACUCCCACUACCUUAACAGACUUGACUAACCCUACCAUGCCUACUGUGACAUCUGUCUUGACGUCAGUACCCGGAAGUCUUGAGGUUCAUGAAUCUCGAAGUCCUUCACAGACAACUCUCACAAAUCUUUUCUGAUGACUCUUUCUCAAUAAUUUCUUUAAAAAAGAAAUUAUUCUUAGUUAAAUUCCAAGAGUAUUUUAAUAGAGGCUUUGAGCAACUGACUAACCACACUUAGGAUCUCUCCUGAAAACAGAAGGAAAUGUAUUGUUCUGAUAUUACAGAUUAUGGACUGAGGAAUAACUUGGAAGAUCUAUCUGCAACACAACAUUUGUGUAACUGUACAGUUUUGUGGACUGAGUAAGGGAAACAGCAAUUAAUUUAAGUUGGCUAAAGCUUCUGUAAUUUUCAAAGACUGCCAUGUGCCUUAUAUACUGUUUUAUCUACGUACUUUGGAUUACAUGUCCAUUUUUCUCUUUUUCUCUCUGUAUAUUUAUAACAAGGGCAAAAAUGUUACAAGAGUUUGUUACUUUGAAUAGUCCUAUGCCCUUCAUUGGUUGCUUUGUUGUUUUAGAAUUUUAAGGUGAAAGUCUGUUUGAAUAUCAGAAUUUGUAAAAUCUAACCAGUAAUAAAACCACUUGUGGAAACUACUUGGUAACAGCUGCAGUUACAUUUAGCAUUAAUUUCACAGUGCAGGUAGGCUGACUGUAUUUAAAUUGAUUAGAAAAUUGCACAUCAAAUACAGUAUCUGCUUAGAGUAAACUCUAAAUACGAUACACAUCUGCCUCCUGAUUCCUAAAUAUAUAGGUGAAAAAUCAAAUUUGUAUAACAGGGUCUAGAUAUUUUCGUUAUAGAGAAAUAAAUAAUUGUUAGUUGAAACUAAAAUUGUUAUUGAAUGUUAAAAUUUACACAAACAUACUGCUUAAUUUUGUUGCUGAAACUCAAUUUAACUUCAGUUAACAUUGAAAAGGAAACAAAUACUGCUUUUAUGCAACCAAAGGCGUCUGUCCUAUUUUAUGGAGAGGGCAAGCCAGGCAUUUGAAAGCAGUGUGGCCAUGAUCAACCUAUUUCUGAGACAGACACAGGGUAAUGUUGUCCCCUAAAAACAAAGAAAAAGUAUUUGUUAGAUUAAUUUAAAACAUUGGCAGAUAACAUUGAGACAAAACUAUGUUUCACAAACAUAUAUGGCCUUUUUUAAUGGUUUGAAGGUAUAAAAAAGCAGGUAAGAAUAUAUUGUUAUGGAUACUAAUAAAAAUGGCUAUUCCUUAAACCAUAAUGGACCUGUUCAAUUUAAUUUAAUUCCUUCUCCAGUUGUGAGAUCUGUGCUCUUCUGAAUAUCAUUUGUGCUGUGAGCUCUUUCUCCCUUUUUUUUGAAAGAUAGUCUUUCAUUCUUUAAGGAAAAAAUAAGUAUACCUCAGCAAGGUUUACAUUUGAGUUAGAAUGCUGUAUGCUAUUUUCCCAAUGGUUUAUUUAAUGCAGACUUUGAGCUGUAUGUACCAUAUAUAAGGUUGUUUCUUUUCAAUCUUGUUGCAAGGUUUUUCAGUCAGAUGUGUUAGGUUGUAUGUGGCUGACUUAGUAAAAACUGCUCUGUUGCUCCCAUAGGAUUGAAAUCAGCAAAAGAUUAUUCUGAACUAGCAGCAAGAUAGGUGCUAAGAUUCGUGUUCUUUGCUCCUCUCAGUGUACUGAAGAUGAUUCAUUAGGCCAGGGUUCCGUGCAAACAGUGUUUUGGUUUUUGAAAUGCUAUAUUUAUAAAGCUUUCUCAGCUGAAAGCUUGCAGACCUUGUGCAUGCCAAAUUUCCAUUGAGGUCAGUGAGAGAUCUGGGUGCACAAGGACUGUGAGACUGGGACCCUGACGUAUUCAAAAUAUUUAUUAACCUUUCUUGCUCUUCAGUUCUGGUAAAUAAAGAUGAAUAAUCUGAGAAACAAGGAAGUCCCCAUAGGAAAUCAUGACUGGAUAAGAUUUGUGAAGGGGGAUGUAUUUCCAUCCCUAAAAGACAAACAGUUUAACAUAGUUCAUUAAAUUUGUACACACUUACAAAUACAUGUGUUUUUUUUAAAAAACCUGCAGGUUGAAUUAGCAAACUUUACUAGAUACCCCAUAGCAAAGAUGUCUAAAAAGGAAAUAAUAUUGGUUAGUGGAUUGUUAAAGAGUAUGUUUCUACCUUUUGAAAAGGGUGUUCACACACAGAUAUUCUGCUGUAUGUGGUGUUUUGUUUAUUGUCAAUUACCUUGGGAAUUUUAUUUUUGUUAAAUGCUUUAGUUGGAUCUUUUCUUGAUUUAAAAGGCAAUGUUGGUCCAAUAUGAAAUGGAUACAGGCCAUAAAUAAAAACCUGUGUAUUCCUAUAUAAACAAAAUGGUUUUCAAAAACUUACUAUUAAAUUCAAUAGUAAUGCAGCAAAAUGUAGUUGUUAACAAUUUGAAGAGAGGUGCUGGUUGUGGUUGGUAUUUUAUUUUUUUGAUAUUUUGUUUUAACUACCUGAAUCCACAUCUUUGAAAUCAGUUCUCAAUAUUGCCUUUUCAAUAACUGAGAUUUAUGGAGGGGAAUAAUCUCAUGUUUCUAUUAUCUAAAACCUAAAACAGGCAAUUAAAUCAAUUGUCUGGUUUAAUCAAAUCAGGGAUUUUGCAUAUAAGUAAGAUACAAUAUUCUAUAUAGGGCCUUUAUGUAGGGACAUUCGGAUUCAUUCACUGUCUCCAAUGACCUAUGUUGUCCCCAUGAUUGUUUCAAUCCUGUGGUAUUGUUCAGUUGUUUAGAGCUUGUUGGUUUUGAAUGCUGUACAUUUUUUUACUACUGCAAUCCUAAUGUUUCUUCACAUACUUGUACAGUUCCACAUUUGAUGUACUAGUCUGAAAUUCUGUUAAAAACAUGAACAAAAAUGGAAAUGAUAUUUCUUUGGAAGUGUAUUUUUACUGUAUAUCUAAUUUGAACUAGUUGAACAUACUUCUUUACAUCUUGCAUGAUAGGUGUGUAGUUCAUUUUUUAAAUAUGAAAGAGACUUGAGAGUAACAGAUCAAAAAUAUAAUGAAAACUAUACAAAUAUGGAAAAUACAUACAUUGAUUUGCUACUUUUUGACUCAAGAUACUUUUUGAAAUACAUUUUCUCUAGAUUAUUUAAGAUAA